CAAGAAUCAAAAAACCCAACGAAAGCGAGACUCUUUUGCAAGACUCGCGCGCGCCGACGCAUUUGCCCCAAUCUGAGUGUUGACCUCUUCCUAUACUUUGAAAAUGUCGGAAACGCCGGCCAGACCCGCCAGAAGGGCGGCUUCUCGCAGAAAGUUGGUGGUAGAAUCUGAUGAAGAGGAGGAAGAACUGGUGCAAUCUAGAAUCAAGGAGGAAAGUGAAGAGGACUUUACUCCAGCACCAAAGAAAUCCCCACGAAAAGCACCGGCAGCGCGACGGAAGACUGCGAAUGUCGUCGCUACCCCCAGAACUUCUGGGCGAUCCAAGAGAAGGACUGCCAAUGAUCUCACCAUCGAACCCUCUGAGAUAUUCGACGCCGAAGCAACCAUGAUGACACCUGGACCCGGACCGGAUUCUCCUACAAAGAAGGCGUCACCACGAAAGAGAAAGAGUGCGCCUGUUCGUGGUACUCGAAGCUCCAAAACGCCUGAGUUGCCGCCGCCAAUGCCUACACCAAAACCUAUGCCUACACCAAAAGCGUCUCAAUCCCCAGAACCAUCUGAGUUGCAGGUUGCAACGCCUCUUGCGGACAUUACAGAAACUCUUAAUGACCGACCACGUACUGCUGGCAGCGAAUCAUCCGUGAUAAAACCCAUCAACGCUUUGGAUACCGUCUUGGAAAAGCCCAUGGAUAUCGUGGUCAAGUCUCGAUCGAUGGCCGCGCCUGUAGUGGAGGAUACAGGUCCAAAAGCCCGUAUUGUCAUCACUUAUUUGAUUCUUACAAAUUUUAAGAGUUAUGCUGGACGCCAAGAAGUCGGUCCUUUUCACGCCUCUUUUUCUUCUGUCGUCGGACCCAAUGGAUCUGGAAAGUCCAAUGUUAUUGAUUCCCUUCUAUUUGUAUUCGGAUUCAGAGCCAGCAAGAUGAGACAGGGCAAGAUAUCUGCCUUGAUACAUAAUUCUGCUGCGUUCCCGAACCUGGAUCAUUGUGAAGUGGCUGUUCAUUUCCAGGAAGUUAUGGAUCAGCCAAAUGGAGCCCCUCCUGCCAUUAUCCCAAAUUCAGACCUCGUCAUUUCUCGCCGCGCAUUCAAGAACAAUUCUAGCAAAUACUAUAUGAAUGGCAGGGAAUCAAAUUUCACCGUGGUAACAACCCUUCUACGUGCCAAGGGAGUUGAUCUGGAUCACAAGAGAUUCUUGAUUCUACAGGGAGAGGUAGAAUCCAUUGCUCAGAUGAAGCCAAAAGCCGCGAACGAACAUGACGAUGGACUACUGGAGUAUCUUGAAGACAUUAUUGGGACCUCAAAGUACAAAACUCCAAUCGAGGAAUCCGCCACUGAAGUGGAAACUCUCAAUGAAGUCUGUGUGGAGAAAAGCGGACGUGUUCAGCAUGUUGAGAAGGAGAAGAAUGGCUUGGAGGAUAAGAAGAACAAGGCACUCGCGUACAUCAAGGAUGAGAAUGAACUGACCAUGAAACAAUGCGCUUUAUAUCAAGUCUACAUCGACGAAUGCGGAGACAACCUUGCAGUAACCGAAGAAGCUAUUGGUCAAAUGCAGGCUCAACUUGACGCCGAAUUGGAGAACCAUAAAGGCAACGAGGACGGUAUCAAGCAACUUGAGAAACAGUACAAGAAAGGCCAGAAGGAAUACGAGGCCAUUGAUAAGGAAGCGCAGAGCAUCACCAAGGAAAUGGCAAAAUUUGACCAAGAACAUGUCAAAUUUGAAGAGAAGCGCAAGUUCUUGACCACCAAGCAAAAGAAACUUGAAAAAAGUAUCAGCACGGCCGAAAAUGCAGGAACAGAAGCAGCGUCUACCAUCGAAAAUUGCGGUGCCGAAAUUGAGCAGUCUGCCAAGGAAAUCGCUACCAUGGAGAAAAGGGUCACUGCAGAAGAGAAGGAGCUGGCGACUAUUAGAGACAGCCUCAAAGGCAAAACACAGGCAUUUUCCGACAGCAUUGCAGCAAAGCAGAAAUCAUUAGAACCUUGGAACGAAAAACUCAACCAAAAACAGUCAGCGAUUGCCGUUGCGGAGAGUGAGCUGGCUAUCUUGCACGAGAAGGCCAAUGCUGGAGCUGUGGCGCUUGAGGAGACCGAAGCGAAGCUGGCCAGCAUUGAAGGAGCCCGUGAAUCCAAGCUUGCAGAGCUUGAGAAUUGCAAGGUGGAAAGGAAGAAGCUGGAAAAGGAAUCAAACAAAGUACGAAGUGAGCUUGAGCAACUCCUUCAGACGGAACCUGAGAUUCGGUCUCGUCUUUCGGGUGUUCGUCAAAAAGCAGACGAGGCUCGUGCUAGUCUCUCCAAUACUCAGACUCAGGGCAACGUUCUUACCGGACUCAUGCGAUUAAAGGAAUCUGGACGAAUUGAUGGGUUUUACGGUCGUCUGGGAAAUUUAGGCACCAUCGACAAAAGAUAUGACGUCGCCAUCUCCACUGCCUGCGGCGCACUCGACAAUUUCGUUACUGACACAGUGGAGGGCGGUCAACAAUGUAUUGAGUAUCUUCGAAAAACGAAUCUUGGCCGAGGCAACUUCAUGUGUUUGGAUAAACUCGGAAACCGGGAUAUGUCACCUAUCCAAACACCUGAAAAUGUCCGUCGUCUAUUUGAUUUGAUUGUCGCAAAGGACGAGAGAUUCAAGCCUGCCUUUUACCAUUCUCUUCAGAAUACGCUCGUCGCGCAAGAUCUUGCGCAGGCCAAUCGUAUUGCCUAUGGAGCAAAACGAUGGCGGGUUGUUACUCUUGACGGACAGCUUAUUGAUAAAUCUGGUACCAUGUCAGGCGGAGGAAAUACUGUCAAAAAGGGGUUGAUGUCGUCGAAACUAGUUGCCGAUGUCUCAAAGGAACAAGUCGCUAAAUUGGAGGUUGAUCGUGACUCUUUGGAACGGGAUUUUCAAAAGUUCCAAGAUCGUCAAAGAGAGCUUGAAUUCCAGCUCAAAGAACUCAACGAUAGUAUUCCAAGGCUAAAUACCAAGAUGCAGAAGAUUGGCCUUGAGCUUGAGAGCUCAGCAAGAAACCUAGCAGAUGCCCAGCGGCGCAUCACGGAACUGAGCAAAGAACACCAGCCUUCCAAAACCGAUGCCAGCCGUGUUGUCUCACUCCAAAAUGAGAUCACCAAGCUCAACAAGGAAAUUGAGAAGCUCCACAGCGAGACGGCCAGCGUCGAAGAAGAGAUCAAAGCCCUGCAAGACAAAAUCAUGGAAGUCGGUGGAGAAAAGCUUCGAGCUCAACGUGCGAAGGUUGAUGCCGUCAAAGAAGAGAUCAGCAGUCUUAAUGAAGCAGUGUCCACUGCUGAAGUUACGAAAGCAAAGGCGGAAAAACAAAAAACGAAGCACGAGAAGGACCAUGCUAAGGCGACCAAGGAUUUACAAACCGCUAUUGCAGAUCUCGAGUCCUUGGAAGUUGACAUCCAGAACCAGAGUUCUGAUGCCGAAGGCUACCAAGCUCGAGUUGAGGAGGCUAAUGAAGCCCUCAAAGAAAAGAGGAAGGAGCUCAACGCUUUGAAGACGGAAUUGGAUGAAAAGACUGCUGUUCUAAACGAGAGUCGGGCGGUUGAGAUUGAGAUGCGUAACAAGCUCGAGGAGAAUCAAAAAGUUCUUGCGGAGAACCAAAAGCGAUUGCGGUACUGGAACGAGAAACUAGGCAAGCUUGCACUUCAAAACGUGAGUGAUCUCGGGGAAGAGAUCACUCCAGAGGAACUUCCAUCAUAUACCAAAGACGAACUCGCAGAUAUGCGGAAAGACGCCCUAAAGGCAGAGAUCGCGGCACUGGAGGAAAAGACCCAAAAUGUCAAUGUCGAGCUUGGCGUUCUAGCUGAAUAUCGUCGUCGCGUUGAAGAACACAUGGCUCGAAAUGCUGAUCUGCAAAGUGCAGUAGGACAACGAGAUGCAGCAAAGAAGCGUUGCGAUGAACUUCGGCGUCUCAGACUUGAAGGCUUCAUGGAGGGAUUCAGUAGUAUCUCGCUUCGUCUGAAGGAGAUGUACCAGAUGAUCACCAUGGGAGGCAAUGCUGAACUUGAAUUGGUCGAUUCUCUCGAUCCCUUCUCGGAGGGUAUCUUAUUCAGCGUCAUGCCCCCAAAGAAAUCUUGGAAGAACAUUUCCAACUUGUCUGGAGGUGAGAAGACGUUAAGUAGUUUGGCUUUGGUAUUUGCCUUGCAUCACUACAAGCCUACACCGUUAUAUGUGAUGGAUGAAAUUGACGCUGCUUUGGAUUUCCGAAAUGUAAGUUUUCUACCCCUUCGUGGCGUUCAUCCGUAUCAUGUAUGAGCUUUCACUAAUGAGCAUACAGGUCUCAAUCGUCGCAUCUUACAUCAAGGAGCGCACUAAGAAUGCUCAAUUCAUCGUUAUUUCACUGAGGAAUAACAUGUUUGAGCUGGCCUCCAGACUGGUGGGUGUGUAUAAGGUUAACCAUAUGACGAAGAGUGUCACGAUUGAGAAUCGGGAUUAUAUUAAUGACGAAACUGCUGUGGCUUGAUGUUUUUGAUUUCAGGGCUUUGGUCGAGUAUUUCGUUUUGAGAAAGGCAAAGCAUGAUGAGGCGUUAUAAUGUGGUUCUUCGGUUUGGAAAGGGGGGAGUAUGUAAUAACGCUACCAUGAAGAUCAAUGAAUUCUGCUUGUAUUUCUGAUGACGCAAUUUUUGUUCAUUAUACGAUAUAUUGCAACAAAU